UGUUGGUUCAGUUUUGUGGACUGAGCUGCGACCGUCGCGCUCCCCUUUUGAAUUAAUCCACAUAAUUACUAUCGAGGCUGGACACACAUGCCCAUAUACCUGUUUUUGUGUUGUCGUUUGAUCUGAGAGCGUUUCAUCUUCUACACGAACCCCCUAUCUCCCGCUCGGCUGUUUCCGGACUGGCCGAAGGGAGCCGGGGCGGCGGUUAGUGUCGGUUUGUCCCCGCGUUGCUCCUUAACAUCGCCCCUCUGUAGCCACCGAGCCGCUGUCGCUGCUGCUGCUAGCGCGCACACAAAGAGACCAGUAUUGCUAAGCAGCUAAACUUUAAACAGUCCCGCUCUUGUAAGCAAAAUGGAUUCAUUUCAGAAAGUGGAGAAGAUAGGAGAAGGGACGUAUGGAGUGGUGUACAAAGCCAAGAAUAAAGUGACCGGAGAAACUGUUGCUCUGAAGAAAAUCCGCCUGGACACAGAAACAGAAGGCGUACCAAGCACGGCCAUCCGGGAAAUUUCACUCCUCAAAGAACUCAGUCACUCAAAUAUUGUCAAACUCCAGGACGUCAUCCAUACGGAGAACAAACUUUACCUUGUUUUUGAGUUCCUUCAUCAGGAUCUGAAAAAGUUCAUGGAUUCCUCCUCAGUCACAGGAAUCCCGCUGCCUUUGGUCAAGAGUUAUCUCUUCCAGUUGCUGCAAGGCCUGGCCUUCUGUCACUCCCACAGAGUUCUUCAUCGAGACCUGAAGCCUCAAAACCUGCUCAUCAACGCCCAAGGUGAGAUCAAGCUGGCUGACUUUGGCCUGGCGAGAGCCUUUGGGGUACCCGUACGAACAUACACACAUGAGGUGGUAACACUUUGGUACAGAGCACCAGAAAUCCUCCUGGGCUGCAAAUACUAUUCCACAGCUGUUGACAUCUGGAGUCUGGGGUGCAUCUUUGCUGAAAUGAUCACCAGGAGGGCUUUAUUCCCCGGCGACUCUGAGAUAGACCAGUUGUUCCGAAUCUUUCGAACCUUGGGAACGCCUGAUGAGACCGUGUGGCCUGGAGUCACAUCCAUGCCAGACUACAAACCAUCUUUCCCCAAGUGGGCUCGACAGGAUUUGUCUAAAGUGGUUCCUCUCCUUGAUGAGGAUGGAAGGGAACUUCUAGGAGAAAUGCUGAACUACGACCCAAACAAAAGGAUUUCUGCCAAAAAUGCACUGGUGCAUCGAUUCUUCCGGGACGUCACCAUGCCAGUUCCUCACCUGAGACUUUAAUCUGUGCAAAUUAGCAGGCUGUUUUAAAUGCCAAUAAUCUCAUUAGCAAUAAGGACCACCAUGCCUUGCUUCAGUUCUGUGCCUGGGAUGCACACUACAGGAUACGUUAUGAUUCUUCAGCCGCGUUCAAGAAGCUGGUUUUCCUGGAAGUUCCAACUCUGAUGUUAUCAAAGUUUGAAGUGUUUAACUGUAAUUUCUAAUUAUAUUUUGCAUAUUUAUGUGCAAGUGCUAUAUUUGAUCUGUUUCUUGUGAUUAUCUAUGAGUUCACGUCGGAGAGACACAUCAGUGCCUUUCACUGAAUUCUUUAAUUUAAAUGGUAUGUUCGCAUGUGGAUGCCAUCAUCCAAAAUGUCUGGAUUAGAAUUUCAUUUGAUCAAAUUUGUGGGAUCGUGUAAAUUAUAAACGAUGUUAAACUGAGCUGCAACCAGGGGAAAAAUGGGGGGAUAUUACAUGGUUGGUGCUUAAAGAAGUUAAAAUUAGUACGAUUAUCCUCCAGGUUCAAGCAGCGUUUGGUCCCAAAAUAUCUGGAAGUGGUUUUAAAAUGUCAUCUUUGAAGCGACGGUUCUGAUAUACAAGUGUUCUACGACAUUUUACAGAACAAACUUUGCUGUUGUAUCUUUAGAUUUUAUCCAGACUCAAUGCACAGUUUUUAUAGAUGUUUAUAUACAUUCAGACAAAAUAAAUGUGUUUCAGCA